CCCAACAAGAUUAGCCGUACGGUGCCCUUCGACCUGAUACAGGAAAUGGCGAUCCGCGAGGUUGUUUGAUGCCAGUUUGAGUAAACACACCGCUCACGCGUGCACUCGCAACUCGUUGAUUAAAUGUGCCGUGAAAAUAAUGUGAUGUCGACUGUGCGCGAUGGCGAGCAAAGAAAUGACCGGCCAUCAGCAGCAGUUCGUUGAGGAAAUCGAUUACAAUGAAAUCGAAACGGAGCAGGUAGUCGGUAAAGGUUCCUUUGGGGUUGUAUGGAAGGGAAAAUGGAGAGGGCAAGACGUUGCUGUGAAACAUAUAAAUUCAGAAGGAGAGAGAAAGGCUUUCACUGUGGAAGUUCGACAGCUAUCCCGAGUUGCACAUCCCAAUAUUGUUAAAUUGUACGGAGCAUGUACCAAGAAUCCGGUAUGCCUGGUAAUGGAAUAUGCUGAGGGUGGAUCAUUGUAUAACGUGCUACAUUGUAAUCCUCAACCACAUUACACUACCAGUCACGCCAUGAGUUGGACUCUGCAGUGUGCACGUGGUGUCGCGUAUCUUCACAAUAUGAAGCCGAAACCACUGAUACACAGAGACUUAAAACCACCCAAUCUGUUGUUGGUUAUGGGUGGACAGAUGCUUAAAAUCUGUGACUUUGGCACAGCCUGUGACUUAAAUACAUAUAUGACUAAUAAUAAAGGUUCGGCUGCAUGGAUGGCACCAGAAGUAUUUGAAGGAUCUAGGUAUACAGAGAAAUGCGAUGUAUUUAGUUGGGGUAUCAUUUUGUGGGAGGUUUUAACACGCAAAAAACCCUUUGAUGAUAUUGGUGCUUCAGCCUAUAGGAUAAUGUGGGCUGUUCACGUAGGACAGAGGCCUCCUUUAAUAGAAGGAUGCCCAAAACCAAUUGAAAAUCUUAUGACUAGAUGUUGGCAAAAAGCACCUGAAGAAAGACCUUCUAUGGACGAAGUAGUAAAGAUCAUGACUGAGCUAUCGGAAUUUUUCAGUCGUCAUUUAGAACCCGUUGAAUAUUCCUUAAGUAGUGAAGAUGAUGUAGAUGAAAACGAAACAUCGAGGGAGAAUACGCUAGAUAUAGUCAGUACGUUAGAUUUUCGUAUGAACGGCUCCGUUGCAAACGGCACUAUUCGUACAAUUCCAAAGGCUGUAGAAAAAACCAUCGAAUGCUCCAAAGAAGAGAAUUCAUUGCCUUUCGCAUUAUCUCGUACCACACCGGUCGGCCACAGGAUGAAAUUCUCAUCACGGCAAAAUAAUUUAGGAUUUCAACCUGACGACGAAAUUCCGGUAUUAAAUAAUCUUCAUGGGAAUAUGGACAGUAAUUUAAAACAUACUAAAUUACCGAUUUUACAAAAUGCGACAGCACCAACGGCGUAUGACAAUAAGCUUGCUGCGUUGCAAAACAGAAACUGCAAUUUUGUUCCAUUGCACGUGGAGUGUGACCCGAAUGCUUGGGAUUUACCAAGCUCCUCUGACACUUCUUGGGAAAUUCCAAAUAACAUGGCUGGAUUAGACAAAGUGGUUCAAAAAACGAAGAAAAAUAAUCAAAGUAGCAGCACCACGAGCGAAGACUUGGGCAAUGUUUGUCGCUUACUAGAUGCUGACCUGAGGCCUCUCACGCCCGAUGACACGUGUGAGCUCUCGCGAGAGAUCUUCGAGGAACACAAGCAGAUAGCCGAGGAAUAUCUCAAAGUCCAAACGGAGAUAGCGUUGUUAAGCCAGCACAAAAACGAGAUGUUGAAGAAUCUAAACCUUGAUAGACUUCAGCAGGAGGAGUUACAGAAGCUGGAAGACGAAAAGGAAUCCUUAGUGAAACUGUGUCGCAAUCUGACGCGACAGUUACAGAUCAUGAAGGAUCAGAGGGGGGCGUUGACAAAUGCUGCCGCCACGUCAACGUUAGGGCCCGUCGUUUCCGGAAACAACGGCUGGGUGGUAGUACCUCACUCAUCAAGGCUUUCUUGAGAUGCUGCGACUCGACGCGUUCGCGAGGGUUUCAACAAAAGUGUACUUAUUACACUACGUUACACAAUCCCGACGACCGGUGAUCGGUGAUGUGUAACAUGGAUGGAAUUGUGUUAAGAUUCCAAUCCAAUUUCGUAUGAAUGCAAAUCAACGUCGCUUGCUACCGAUAGAGUAUGUGAGGAUAUGUGAAUCAAAGUGGCCGCCUAUAGCGGAUCAUUUCCGUCUUAUCAAACUCGCUAUCUAUGACGCGCGGUAACCGUACAAUUGACUUCCGAUUUUUUCCGACAUGAAAAGCACAAUUUCUAACACUACGCCUUUCGUUAGGUUUUCUUUCCUCACAGAAUCAUAUCUUUUGUCUUCUGCGCGUUUUCAUUUGCAAUGCGAGUUUAAUUAAUACAGCAUAAUAGAACAUCCCAAGCACAUGCAAGUAUCAUUGGGACUACUACAGAAAAUUCUUUUCGAUUACUAAGCUUCGAAGGUAUUGCUGACAAUAAACUGCAAUCUAGUCUUUUCGAUUCAUAUUUUAUCGAAUCAUUUGUUUGCAUUUUGAUGUGCAAAAUGUACAUUGUGUAAUAUAUGAUAGACAGCUUUUAUUAUUUAAACUAUUAUCUAUCAAUGAAAAGUAUUUUGUGCGUUAACUCCUUUAUUUGAUAUAAUCAGAAAAAAGCUAUUACAUGAAUAAAACGCGAAGCAAUAAUUGACGAGCAUCGAUUGUUUUUUAUAAAUUACAUUUGGAAUUUUUCUAUAUAAUAUACACAGUAUAUAUAGAUAGUUUCAGAUACAUCAUGACAUCCACUAAUGAUAGACUAAUAAUAGAUGGAAAUUUUAAUACUGAAAAUUGAAAAUGCUUGAAGUUAUAUUUUUUAAAUGAAGUGUUAAAACUAAUCAAGUUAUGAAAUUUUGAUACUCAAACGUUGUUUAUUGCACAAUAAUGAAGGUGUAAAGUUUUCAUACAUCUGUCUUGAAAUUGAUACAAUUCUGCAUUAUCACAUGAUUAUUGAAUAUAUACUAUUUGAUUAAGGUAAUCAUAAAGUAUAAAAAAUACAUACGACCGUAAUUGCUAUUUUUAACCAAUUACGUUGCAAGAGAUUAAAAUAAAUUUUUAUUUUUAAUUUCUUGUUUUGCCAGUGUGAUUAUGUAAAUAACUUUAAUCCCUUGCCUAUAUCUAUGAGCUUUAGCUUGAUUUCUUUGCAACGACAGAUCUAACAAAAUUAAGAUAUUACAUCAGUAUUUUCAUCAACACUAUCAUGUAUACAAAGUGUUUUAAUGUUUUCAUUUGCAUCUAAUGCAAUUAAAUAUGAAACAAAUGCGGGAUAAUUUCAGAAAUUCACGCAAGUUGUAAGUAUAAAAAAAUUUUAGAAUGAUGUGAAAUUAUAACAAAAAUAUUUAUCAGAAUCGAGCGCAUAAAACGCUCCUUAGAAUUAAGAUAUGUCGAUCGCGAUUACAGCGAGCCGUCUCUUUGUAGAAAAAUGAUACUGGAGAUUAUAAAACUUUGCUUGUGCUAACAAUUGUCGACGACUGAAGCUCGCAGCUACGUUUUCGUUACUGUUCCUAUGUUAAAUAUAAAAUGUAACAGAGGUUGAAACUAUCCUCGUGUAUCGCCUCGACAAUGGUCUCGAUAACGAGCAAUCGUGUAUUAUAAUUACACGCUCUGCGAAAGUUUCUCGACAGGUUCUCUUCUGAGAAUUCGUGAUGUGAAAUUGUUGUUCAACAUCUGUUGAAAAUGUAAUAUAACUCUGUAAAUACAAUUUUAAAAGCUGUCAGGACA